AUGAGUCACGGUGAUGUAUCAGACACUUUUUUACAACAAGUUUUCCGAAAGGUAGAUGCUGAUGGAUCAGGUUCAAUAUCAUCAAACGAACUUCAAUCGGCUCUUUCAAAUGGCACAUGGAGUCCAUUUAAUCCUGAGACUGUUCGAAUGAUGAUAGGAAUGUUUGACCAUGAUAAUUCAUCAACAAUUGAUUUUAAUGAAUUCAAAGCCUUAUGGAAUUUUAUAACACAAUGGGAAAAAGUAUUUCGUGGAUUUGAUGAAGACAAAAGUGGUUCGAUUGAUAAAAAUGAAUUUCGAAAGGCUUUAACAACAUUUGGUAUGUUUGAUCGUGAUGGAUCAUCAACAAUUGAUUUUCAAGAGUUUCGUGCUCUUUGGAAAUAUGUUACUGAAUGGGAAAAAUGUUUCAGGAGAUUCGAUUUGGAUGGUAGUGGUUCUAUUGAUAAACACGAGCUCAAAACAGCAUUGAGCUCGUUUGAAAUCAAUUUAUAUGACAUUGAUCCUGUGCUUGCAUUAUUAGUACUCUUUUUUUACUGUUUUACGAUUGUCGAUCGAUGUUAUCGUCUAUCGGAUCGUUUCUAUGAUUUACUUAUUAAAAAAUUUGAUCGAACUGGUCGUGGUACAGUUGCAUUUGAUGAUUUCAUUCAAGCUUGUGUAUCGAUUCAAACAUUAACAAAUGCUUUUCGUCAAUAUGAUCGUUUACAAAAUGGAGAAAUAACAAUUAAUUAUGAAGAUUUCUUAUCACUUGUCUUUUCACUUAAAAUGUAA